AGGCGAUAGGUGAGGACGCCGUAGCGUCUCUCAAGCCGCUCCUCAAAGAGGGGACUUACCACUGCAAUGAUAGCAAGCCCAAAAUUGAUAAUGGCUACGGGUUGUUCUUAAUUAUGCCAGUAAUAAGUUCUUUUUAAAAGGGCUACAGUUUCUUUGAUACCGCGAUGGCAUGUUUUUCCAACGUGAUAUUUCAGGACUAUUUCGCGUUGUUCGUUUUCAUCUCCGCCAUAAAUAACUCUUUCAGUGCAUUAAGGUUAAGGUUAUAUAAAUAAGGUUCAUAAAAUAUUUGUAUAUUUUUUUCGGUGGCGUUUGUCUUCAAAGUAGAUGCAAUAUUUUAUAUAUUUUUGUACUUCUAGAACUUUUGAUUUAUUCUUAGGUAGGACUUUGACACUAUAGUCAUUCCUAUGCCAAGUAUUUAUCAGAAUCUGGUUAGGUUUUGUAUGUAUGACUUCCUUUAGUAUUGAUAUAUCAACGGAAUCUGUAUUGUCUUCGCAAUAAAAGAUGUCUUUAUACUCAGUACAUAGGUUCGUUAUUUAUGAUUUUUCUUCAUGGUCUAGGUGACCAUACCGUAUGAUAUAUGAUCUUCGAUCAACAAUAGCAACCUGUUGAUCGAAGUAUAUGAUUUUUAGAUUUUCUAAUUCAAUAUUAAUACAAUAUAAAGUAUAAAGAGUUUUUUAUGUUCCUUGAAUGUAGAGCUAUUAUCACGUUCGCUUAUUUAAACCGCUGCUUUACCAACUAGUUUCGAUGUAUAAAAUAAUUUUUGUUGAGCCUGAUUAGUAUCCCCUCUAAAGUUUCUAAUGACAUAUUCGCAUUUUGAAAUAAAAAGGUUUUAUAACUUAUCAUCCCCAUUGGAUUGUGAUAAUGCUUUGAAUUUCAUUUGGUAUUAAACUGUCAAACACCGCGAGCACAUCGGUGACCGCAACCUAUUGUUUUUUAAUUGUGUCUAUAAUGACGGUACUCAACGAGUUAAUGUUGUAUAAUUUUCUUUUUAAUUUAUUAAAAUUGUAUUUUAUCGAAUUGUACCGAAAACAAACGUUCAACGUUCACGUUUGGCGAUGUUUAGUCCAAUUAAAUGUUACUUACUAUGGAAUAAAAACAAGGAACGGAACAGUGCGGAUAAAGGUCUACUCACAGAUUACUCGAUCCCAUGCUGGUUCUUAUUCUGCUGCUGCUGGCACUGCGUUCUUUACCGAUUAGCAGUCACUGCGUCUAAAAUGCGUUUCGACCAAUAUUUGUGUCUAUUACGAUACUAUACGUGACUUUUACUAAUCCUACCGACUAUGCCAGAGUCAAUUAUGAACGCGCAAGACUUUGUAUAAAAAUUAAUUUAUUUAAUUAAAUACAGUACACAUAUGUUCACCAUGAGCGUUAUUGAAUAAUAAACACUUAGACCUAAGUUACAUCUUUUUAAAUACCAAAGAAAGAAUUGUAUGUGUGUAGGAGUUUGUGCAUGUGUGUGAGUGUGCGUUUGGUCAGCCACACACGUACACACACAACCAAUUGUGUCUUCAGACAGAUAGUUGGUGACAGAUUACAUAACGUUAACUGAUUAGCAGAAGCAGUUGGCGACAGAUCAUACUUGGACGUUAUUGAUUAGGAGAACCUAAUAACCAUGGCAUGGUUACACUUAUACAUACCUACCUACUGAUACUAUGCUUGGUUAUCUGUAAUUUGCUACCUCUUACUUUUCGUUUAGUGUUAACUAUUUUCGACACAUGUAUAUAGACAAGAUAAGUUGGAAAUACUGCUCACAAUUAUGUAUUUUGGCAUCGAAACAUUUCGCCAUUAAAAAUAUCUUAAUUUCGAAAUUAUCGAUGAAAAAAAUGUGUAUGAACACCUGAUGAACGAGCCCUUAGCUUGAGUGUAUUUGCCCGUAUUGCAAGUGCAGCUGUUACCGAUUAAUGAACUUAAACUGUGAAAUUCGGUUGCCGUAUUCGACCACAAACCGUUUGCGGUGACUGACCUAGUAUAAAAGUUGAUACAGCUUGCCGAAUUCGAUGAUACGGUAACAUCCAUCGUGGUGAUAACUCAAGGAUUUGGUGAAAAUGGUUUUGUUAAUCUGGCUAAGUGUUUUCUUAGUGCUCACUUGCAAUGGCCAGAGAGUGAACAAAUAUGAACACUAUUUGGACGAUCCAGCAGUGAAACUGUUCAGAGAAUAUUUACAAAUAGACACAAGCAAAGCAGAAAAUAUACAAACUGGCUUAGAUUUCUGGAUACAUCAGGCGAACGAUGUGGGUUUGCCGUAUGCGGUGUACUCGCCGGCCGGCAAGCCAAUAUUUGUGGCUACGCUUGAGGGCUCCGACCCUUCUCUACCCAGUAUAAUGCUCAACUCACAUAUGGACGUAGUCACAGUUGAUGCGAGCGAAUGGAAGUAUCCACCAUUUGCUGCUUACAUGGAUGAAAAUGGGGACAUUUAUGCUCGUGGCGCGCAGGAUACUAAAGACAUUGCUAUCCAAUAUCUAGAGGCUAUCAAGAGACUUAAGAAUGAUAAUGUUACCUUACCUCGCACUCUACAUAUCACUAUUAUGACAGAUGAAGAAUCCGGUAGCGCACAAGGCAUGAGAGUAUUCGUGAAUACGACUGAGUUCAAAACGUUAAACGUUGGGUUCGCGUUAGAUGAAGGACAAACUACACCUGGAGACACUAUUCUUGCAUCCUUCGUUGACAAGAGAGCUUGGUCAAUAUGUUUUACUAUCCGUGGUGUUGGUGGCCAUGGAUCUUUAAUGCCGGACGGUACAGCUAUGGACAACUUUCACACAUUUCUAAACACCGUAUAUGACUACAGAGACACACAGAAAGCAAUUCUCAAGUCUGUUGCUAACAGCACUGUCGGUGCUGCGGCUUACACAAGUAUCAACAUCAAUAUAGUCAAGGGAGGACUUGCUAAAAAUGUUAUAGCGACGGAGAUAAAAGCAAUCAUGGAUAUGAGACUGGCCACAGAUGCUAACCCAAAAGACAUUGAAACUAUGAUAAACUCCUGGUUAAGAGCAGCUGGUAACAACAACUCGGUGACAUACCUUCGACAUGACACUGAAUCAGGAAUAACAUCAGUCGACAGCACCAAUCCCUUCUGGGUUUCCAUGCAGAGCACUCUAAGUGGAAUGGGCAUCCGAUUAGAGCCAGUAGUCAAAGCAGCCAUGUCUGACGCAACCUAUUUAAGGAACAAGGGUAUACCGACCCUUGGUUUUGCAACAAAAACCAAAACUAUUCCUAGACUUCAUGCUAAAGACGAGUAUCAAAAUGUAGAAACGUUCCUAAGAGGUAUAGAUAUUUAUACAGAAGUACUCAAGGGUUUAGCUAAUGUCCCUUCAUCUUAAAAAACAAAAUUAUAAUAUAUUGCUGAUAAUUAAAUAUAAGUUGUACUUAUAUACAGUUAAUAAAAAACAUAUUUAUAAGUGAAUUGUUUUAUUAUA